AUGGCUCCAGAGAAGAUCCGCAUGUACAGCCGCAUCUCCGACCAGCGUAUCCUAUGGCCGGUGAAGGUGUUGAGGACCCUCCCGCACGUGCGCCCGUUCCUGGAGGCCAUCGUGGACAAGUGUAUGCAGGUCAUCAUCACUGGAGAUGACAAGAAAGGUCUGACCGGACUCAGCUUGGCCCAGGAGGUCCAGCGUCAGCUGAACGGAUCCGGCUUGGCCCAGGAGGUCCAGCGUCAGCUGACCGGACUCAGCUUGGCCCAGGAGGUCCAGCGCCAGCUGACCGGACCCGGCUUGGCCCAGGAGAUGGCGUCGUUCACGCGGCAGCUGCUGGCCCUGCUGGUCACGUGCUGGCCGCUGACUGGACUGGGUCGGCAGUACCGGCCGCGGCCCGACAUGGAGUCCUACUCGGUGCUGGACCUCAUUGAGAGCAAGAGCUCCAGGUACGACCCGUCUCCGUCGGACUUGGACAUCGGGAGGUUGACGAUGAAGCUGGGGCGCUUCCUGGACAGCGAGUACAUGAGCAUCGACAUGCCGAACAGCCUGCGCCGAGGCGUCAACGUCACUUGGCAACUUCCCUUCAAGGUGAAGAAGAACGGCCACCUGCGCACCGUCGGCCGGAUUCCGGCAAGCCUGCGCCGGCUGCGGCUGGACCAGCUGACCCUGCCGGAUGGCUCGCGGCAGCCGGUGCGCCUCACGCGCCGCCUCCGCCGCAAGAUGCUCAAGUACCUGCACAUGUACACGCACUGCGCCGUGCGUUACCGCUGGAAGGAUCUGGGCGUGCGCUUCUGGCCGCGCUGGCUGCGGACGGGCCACUGCGACACCACGCGCUCGUGCUCGAUCCCUGCAGGGAUGACGUGUCAGCCGGCGCGCAGCCGGCACCUGACCCUGCUGCGCUGGCACUGCCAGGACUGGAGGCGCAGCCGGCACUGCAAGUGGCUGCGCGUCCAGUACCCGGUCGUCAGCAAGUGCCAAUGCUCCUGCCCGCGCCGGUAGGCGGCGCCGCCGGCGCGGGGCGUGCUGAGGGCACACUUCGCAUGAGGGCUGUCGGAAGGGAAACUGGAAUGUUCUCAGCAGGUUCUCUGUGUGGAACGUUCUCGGCUGCGCACUGGCCCCGGGCUCUGAGAGGGCGGUGCUGACCAUGUGGCACGAGGGAGGAAGUGCUGAAGUCUAGUCAUGUGGCGAGGCCGCCGCUUUAUGCCUGCAGUGGAGAACGCUCGCGAUCCGAACGUUGAAGAGCUGCGUAGCGCUAAAACGACGCAGGGCGUGGGAGGGCCGCCUUCGUAGGCUCACUGUCUCUCUGAGCCGGCGGCGCUCCUGGAAACUGCGACGCUCGUAUUUAUUGCCGUGACAGUGUCUCUUGAAGGCUACACAACCUGAUAUUUAUUGGAGGCAAUACCAACGUGAAAGCGAUCUGAUGAUGUAACGACGAUCCGACGAACAAGGUCUGGCUCACUGUCUCUCUGCAUCACGACCGGAGGCGAAGAUCGCCAGCGACGGCAGCUGAACAGUGGCAGGUCUUGGCGUCUGGCUCUCUGUCUCUCUGCAUCACGACCGGAGGCGAAGAUCGCCAGCGACGGCAGCUGAACAGUGGCAGGUCUUGGCAUGUGCGCACCAGAACCCUACUUGUCUCUGCCGCAUCCUAGAGGGACCUGACGAAGCCAGGUGCUGCGCUCGCGGUCUGCUCCUGGUCCCACAGGUCUUCCCACGGGCUGCCUCGCCUCGUACUGGUGACCUGCGCCGGCGAGCCACGCCUCGGGGACGCUCCGCCCGCGCGCGAGCCUGCAGGCCUGUCUCACAAUCAGAGGGACUCGCGGUGCGCACGGCGGCAACGAGUCUCGUCGCGGAUCAACUCCGCCUCCGGACGUGGGGCGAGCGUGACCUGCGAGGGGCCUGACCUAUGACCGGCGAGCGUGACCUGCGUGACCUGCGUGACCUGCGAGGGGAGUAGCCUCGCCGCCCCAGGCUCUGUCUGACUGUGAUCAGGUGACGUCGGUGACCCUGUCUGCGUGAGCGCCACCUAGUGUCAGGUCCUGAUGUGGAUUAUGGGUGAGGCUUUGUGUUUGCACUUGUUUGCUGCCGCUCGAACAACGGGACGCCCGCCAGCAGCGCGCGACCAGAGCUUUUCAAGGUGGCCUUUGAUGUCCUUCAGGCCGUUUAGUCUCGCUGAGGCAGACCUGUUUCUUACUUGGUCGUCCUUUAAGGAUGUUGUGUUUAAUGUGUUCGUUAUGACCACAGUGUAAUUGUAUUUGCUAACGAUGAGCCUAGACAGUGCAACAAACGGGAUAUGUUUGGCAGCGAGUUGUUUGAUUUUACACAUUUUGCCUUCGUUUACUUCAAAUAAGGAAAGCAGUGUUCGGAUCUCUUGCGAUUUUGGAUUUACUUUUAAAUGUACCCAUGUCAGCUCUUUGUCACGAGUAGUGGCACAUUCCAGCCGAACAUUUAUUGUGAUGCGACGAUUCCAUUUCUGUUUGUUCAUGUCACAUUCAUGCAUGAUGUCUUGUACGCUAUUAAAAUGA